AUGGUAGCUUACAUACAUAUCAUAGCAUGUCAGUCUGAAAGGCGGUAUUUAUUAAUCUCCCCAUAUCUGAUCGGGCGCUGGUUCACCGUAACAAAUGCUCGACUGGGUAAUGGUCGCCGGUGGAAGAGCGCCCAAUCAGGGGUGGUAUCUAUCAAUCUCCUGUAUAGGAAAGGACUGGGAGAUUCUCAAAUGACUCAGUUGAUAUGGUCGGUUUGUCCGAACUCAAAGAGGAAGUCAAAAACUCGCACAUUAGGAGAGCUCGUGGAAGAGCAGCGGAGUGAUAAUAAAAAGCAAGUUCCGCAUUCGUCUGGUGUUUCUCUGGCGGUUCAAAUGACGCAAGGAUUGAUGUCCAAUGAUGUGUUGAAGCUAGAUAGCGUUCUGAGAGAGUCGAAGGUGGAAAUAAUUCAGGCGACGUUGUCGGAUCUGCAGGUUGCUCAUAUUGUUCCUCUUCUCAAGGCUCUCUUUGAACGAAUCAGCAAUAGAUCUGCAACCAAUAUAAGACCGUGGAUAUUAUGGAUACAGUGUAUACUCUCGCUACAUACGUCCUACCUGAGCUCGCUGCGAAAUCUGGAAACUGAACUCAGUGGAUUACUGGAGUGGAUGCGGCAACGAGUCGGUCAUCAACAAAAGCUUUUGGAAUUGUAUGGGCGGUUAACUCUAGUUGGAGAACAGAUUGAGCGACGCACGAACCGCACUGUCAUCGUUGCACCGCAGCCUCUUAUAACUUUUAAUGACGAUUUGGAUUCCGAUCUGGAAGAUAUAGAAAGCGGCGGAUCAGAAGAAAGUGGUGGCAGUAGCGAUGAGGAGGAGGAAGAUUGGUGGGAGGAGGAAGGAAUAGGAGCUAGCGAUGAAAACGAAGAUGAUGAUGAUUCUGAUGAUUCUGAUUUGAAUGUGCCUCUAAAAAAGGCCAGAGGAAAUGACAAUGGCAGUGGAACGGAUGAAGAAAAUGACUCAGAGGAAGGGAGCAGUGAUAACAGCGGCGAAGAAAAUGGCAAAGAUACAGACGAUGAGGAAAUGGAUAUAGUCAGUGCGGAAGGAAGGAUGGCUCAAUUGAUCACAGAUCGUCUAAUUGCCAGUGUUUAG